CCUUAAACCUUGAAUAAACCCUAGCGAGGGGGAUGAAGAAAGCGAGGCGGCUGGGCGAGGCCGCUCUCGAUACUUGGAGAUCGAUCUCGACUUCCAGAGUCUCCAAGCAAGCUUUAGCAGCCAGAACAGCAGCCGCAGAGGAGCCCAAAGGAAAGGGGUUGCUCUCGUGGUUCCAGCGCAAGAAAAAGAAGGGCCUGCUAUCAGAUCUUCCCACGCUCUACGAGCCUCUUCCAGGCGUCAAACUCCCUCUCGAUCUGGACGAUGGCUUUGCUCUGCCAGUGGAGACUAAAAUCACCAAACUCGCCAAUGGAUUGACGGUGGCUUCCGAGAACACUAUGGGACCGACAGCAACCAUUGGAGUUUAUGUUGAUUCCGGCAGCUCUCACGAGACUCCUUUCAACUCCGGCGUGAGCCAUAUUCUGGAACGCAUGGCUUUCAAGAGCACGCGAAACCGGACGCACUUGAGGCUUGUCCGCGAAGCGGAAGCCAUCGGCGGUAAUGUUCUUGCGUCUGCUUCGCGAGAGCAAAUGUCUUAUACGGGUGAUGUGAUAAGGAGCUUUGUUCCCGAGAUUGUGGAGCUUCUUGCCGAUAGCAUCCGGAACCCGGCUUUCCACGACUGGGAAAUCAAAGAACAGGUGGAUAUCUUGAGAGAAGAGAUUCAAGAGAUGGCAAAGGAUCCUCAAGCGAUGCUUCUGGAGGCUCUCCAUCCUGCCGGUUAUAAGGGCCCUCUUGGCAAAGCACUGGUGACAAGCGAGUCCUCGUUGGAUAGAAUCGACUCUCGCGCUCUUCACGAGUUUGUAGCUGCAAACUAUACAGCUUCACGGAUGGUUUUCGCUGGCUCUGGCGUCGAACACGACUAUUUCCUCUCGCUGGUUAAACCGUUGUUCGAGGACAUGCCUCUGGUGGCUCCUCCAGAGCCUGUGAAGUCCGAGUAUGUUGGUGGCGAGUGGCGGCUUCAAGGCGAAAGUGAUACUACAUCGGUUUCCAUCGCGUUUGAAAUCCCUGGUGGCUGGAGAAACGAACGCGAUGCUGUCAUGGCGACCGUGUUACAAUCGCUUCUUGGAGGAGGUGGUUCGUUUUCUUCCGGAGGCCCGGGCAAGGGUGUCCAUUCUAGAUUGUAUACUCGCGUUCUGGCUGUUCAUCCCAAGGUGGAAAAUUUUACUGCUUUUACUUCCGUGUACAAUGACACCGGCUUGUUUGGAAUUCACGCAUCGUCUGAGCACAAGUUUGUAGGCGAGCUUGUAGAUCUCAUAGGAGAUGAGCUUAUUUCUGUGGCAGAACCUGGAGAAGUCGACGAGAUUGAAUUGGAGCGCGCAAAGAAUGCAACCGUUUCACUUGUUUUGAUGAAUCUCGAGUCUCGGGUGGUCGUGAAUGAGGACAUUGGUCGGCAAAUUCUCACCUAUGGUUGCAGGAAACCCGCAAAGGAGUUUAUCGACACCGUUCGUGAGCUGACUUUGGAUGAUAUUCGCAAAGUUGCUGAGAAGAUUAUUUCCACCCCAGUAACCAUGGCUUGCUACGGCGAUGUUAAAAGAGUUCCUCUUCUCGACAAAGUCUCCUCGCAGUUUCAAUAACAAAUACUGGAGGAGAGAAGUUUUGAACCAACCUUGUCGCUUGACCAUGAAUUACGAGAAAGCAGGAAAUCUUAUUCAAUCCUGUAACAACGUUAUUCGUUCACUGUUGAUUCAUGCAGAAUAUGCUUAUAAGAUGCUAAUAAGCAAAGGACAUGUUAUUGCGUGCCA